AUGGCCGCUCAAGCCGCACAGAAGUUGCUGGGAAGAAUCGGGUCUCUUGGAGUUGGGCUUGCUAUAGCAGGAGGAGUAGCACAGUCUGCAUUAUUUAACGUUGACGGUGGACAACGUGCUGUUCUUUUCGAUAGAUUCACAGGAGUUAAAGAUUAUGUGGUCGAUGAAGGAACUCAUUUUUUAAUUCCAUGGGUUCAAAAACCUAUCAUUUUCGACAUUCGUUCCACUCCUAGACAAAUUACUGCUAUCACCGGUAGCAAAGAUUUGCAAAACAUUACUAUCACUUUACGUAUAUUGCAUCGUCCAGAUCCAAGUAAAUUACCAAGUAUUUAUCUGAACAUCGGUACUGAUUAUGCCGAGAGAGUUCUACCUUCUAUCACAAAUGAAGUUUUGAAAGCCAUUGUUGCUCAAUUUGACGCUCAUGAGAUGAUCACGCAGCGUGAACUUGUAUCUGAUCAAGUUUCUGUCGAGCUCUCUCAAAGAGCAGCUCAGUUCGGCUUACUUCUCGAUGAUAUCUCUAUUACUCAUCUUGGAUUCGGCAGAGAAUUCACGGAAGCUGUUGAAAUGAAACAAGUUGCUCAACAAGAAGCUGAAAAAGCCCGUUACCUUGUAGAAAAAGCAGAACAGAUGAAGAUUGCUGCUAUCACGACUGCUGAAGGAGAUGCUCAAGCUGCUAAGCUUUUGGCUAAGGCUUUUGCUGAUGCUGGUGAUGGUUUAGUAGAGUUGAGAAAAAUUGAAGCAGCUGAGGAAAUUGCUGAAAGAAUGAGCAAAUCUAAGAAUGUUACAUAUAUUCCCGGAAACCAAGGGACUCUGUUGAACUUACCUACUGUUUAA